GGCAUGCGCCUCCGACCGUCUCCGAGUCACAAACUCCAAGCGUGGAUUUUUAAUGGUACAUGGUUAGGAAUUCGUCAAAUCGUCACAGCCGGACCGUGAUUGUUCAGAUAACAUGGCGAAAAAAACAGUGUUAGAUAAAAGUAAUCAGAAUGAAGAUUCAGUGAAAAAUAACGAUGAGGGAUUGAACGACGACGAAGCACCGGAUUUUAGCGAUCCCGAGGAUUUCGUGGAUGAUGUUUCAGACACGGAACUCCUGGGUGAUUUACUGGCCCAGAAGCCCUCGGAGACUGACGGAAUCGACUCUCUCAUAAUAGUCGAUGGUGCCCCGCAGGUUGAGCCUGAAAGAUUGGAGAGAUUCAAUCUUGUUGUAACUAAAGUCUUCGGAAAAUUUGGUACCAUUGUCAAUAGAUUUUACCCGAAGAACGAGAAUGGAAACACUAAAGGCUACUUCUUCCUGGAAUACAACAACCCAGUGAAUGCUGCGACCGCCGUUAAGUCUACGAACAACUAUAAAAUUGACAAGCAACAUACGUUCAAAGUCAAUUUAUUCACGGACUUCAAGAAAUACGAGGAUAUUCCUCUUGAAUGGGAACCACCGAAACCCCAACCAUACAAAGCCGCGAAGGAUUUGCAUUCGUAUCUGCUGGAACCUGAUGCGUAUGAUCAGUUUUGCGUACUGCAUGGCAAUGGGAGUGCAGUUUCCGUUCAGAUUUGGAAGAAUUCAGCACCUGAACCAGAACUCAUGGCAGAACGCAAUAGAUGGACGGAGACCUACGUUAAAUGGUCGCCAUCUGGUACUUACCUUGCCACUUUCCACAAGCUCGGUGUAGCCCUAUGGGGAGGCCCUGAUUACACCCAACAGGCUCGUUUCAGUCAAAGAGGAGUCGAGUGCAUUGACUUUUCUCCCUGUGAAAAAUAUCUCGUAUCAUUCACUCCAAGAAUGGACAACUCCCCAGAUGCCAAGCGUCUAGUUAUCUGGGAUAUCCUCACUGGCCACGAAAAACGAUCGUUCUACCCCGAUGUCUCCUCAGUCUGGCCGAUAUUCCGGUGGUCUCACGAUGAUAAAUACCUGGCGUGUAUGGGUGAAGAUGUCUUGAGUGUCUAUGAAACCCCCUCGUUCGGUCUCCUAGACAAAAAGAGUAUAAAAACUCCAGGCAUCAGAGACUUCAGUUGGUCCCCCACUGACAACGUCCUGGCAUACUGGGUCCCAGAGGACAAGAAUGUUCCAGCUCGUGUAACACUCCUCGAAAUUCCCAACAGAAAUGAAAUUCGUAAUAAGAAUUUAUUCAACGUUGCGGACUGUAAAAUCUUUUGGCAAAAAUCUGGUGAUUAUCUCUGUGUCAAGGUCGAUCGUUUCGCCAAGAAGAAGGAGAAGACGGAGCAGAAGUACACGGGAAUGUCCUAUAAUUUCGAGAUUUUCCACAUGAGAGAGAAGCAAAUUCCAGUGGACAGUGUUGAGAUGAAGGAACCCAUUCAUGCAUUCGCUUGGGAGCCCGUUGGCUGCAAAUUUGCCAUUAUCCAUGGAGAAAUUCCAAGUGUCAACGUCAGCUUUUAUGAAGUGAGAUUCGGUCAUCAACCAGCUCUACUCAAGAAACUCGAGAAGAAAGCUUGCAAUCACUUAUUCUGGUCUCCAGCUGGUCAAUUUAUCGUACUGGCUGGACUCACCACCAUGGCUGGUGCUCUGGAGUUCAUUGACACCAAUGACUUCACCAUUAUGAAUUCAACUGAUCAUUACCAAACGUCUGACGUCGAGUGGGAUCCAACUGGAAGAUACGUCGUUACAGCUGUUUCCAGUUGGAAAACGACUGUUGAUAAUGGGUACUGGAUCUGGACUUUCCAGGGAAGAAUUUUGAAGAGAGUCAAUCUCAAUGCCUUUAAUCAACUGUUGUGGAGACCACGUCCACCCACUCUAUUGUCUCCCGAACAGAUCAAGGAGCUGAAGAAGAAUUUGAAGAAGUAUUCCGCGCAGUUUGAGAGCAAGGAUCGCAUGCGGCUCACUAGAGCCUCUAAGGAAUUAAUUGAGAAGCGUUGCCAGUUGAUGAAAGAAUUCAACGAAUUUCGUGACAAGCGUGUCGAAGAGUGGAAUGCACAGAAGAAACGUCGCCUCGAAUUACGUAAUAAUAUCGAUACGGAUACCCUAGACUCUGAUACUAAGAACGUCGAGGAGGAGGAAGUAGAAUUUUUCGUCAAAGAAGAGUUAUUUUUCAUUGAUGACAAAUAAAUUCCAGAUCUUGAAAACGAAUUUAACCUACUCUUGUCCACGAUUAAUCACCAGCUUUCACCGAGUGAACUUAUCGUGGGCCACUGGAGCUCUCGUUUAUGAAUAAAAACAAGAAAUGAUAACGAUGAUACAACAAACACUGAGUUUGGGUAGAAAAAUUUUACUUCAUUUCCAAUGUAUUACUUCAACAGUUCGGCAUAUACACGUUGAAUCACGUGCACAGUGCGCUGACUAUAGUAUCUUUAAAUUUUAUCAUGUUCCAUACAGGAUAGUUGAAUAUAUUCAUUAAAUAUGAA